AUGGCGAGGGGCCCGGUCCUCUCUCUGCGCGCCCUCCCCAUCUGCCUCGCCCUGGUCCAGCUGCUCAGCCCCUGCUCAGCAGCUCAGUUUACUGUGGUUGGACCCCCUGAGCCCAUCCUGGCCUUGGUGGGUGAGGACGCCGAGCUGCCCUGUAAGCUGUCCGCGAAGAUUAAAGCGGAGACCAUGGAGCUGAGGUGGGUGCGACCCAGCCUCAGGCAGGUGGUGCUCACGUACGCACGUGGGCAGGAAGACACGCCAGCCGCAGAGUAUCGAGAAAGGACUUCGAUGCUGAGAGAGAACAUCACCGCGGGGAAGGCUGUUCUCCGGAUUCGCGACGUCAGAGCCUCUGACAGCGGAACCUACCUGUGUUAUUUCCAAGAUGGAGAUUUCUUUGAAAAUGCCCAGGUGGAGCUGCACGUGGCAGGCCCGUUCUUCCAGGAUGCGCAGCCCUGUGUGGUGGCCUUCCAGGGGACGCUGCUGGCUCUGCUGGGGCUCCUGAUGCUGGCCGGGUACUUGCUGAGGAAGAUCCAGGCCCUGUCCUACGACAAAGACAGGGAGCGAGCAGAGAAAGAAGCAGCUCUGGCGGAGAAAGCAGCAGCUCAGAAGGAGAAAGAAGAAGCUGUGGCCGAGAAAAAAGCAGCGCAGGCUGAGAAAGAAGCAGCUCUGGUGAAGGAGCAGCGGGAGCGAAGCGCCAAAGAGAGGCUGCAGGAUGAACUCCGGUGGACAAAGACCCGGUACCGACCACGUGGGAAGCUGUCUAAGGCCUACGCAGAGUGGAAGAUGGCCCUCUUCCAGCCUGCGGACGUGUUUCUGGAUCCGGACACCGCGCACCCCGCCCUCUGUGUGUCUGAGGACAAGAGGAGCCUGCAGCGGGCACUCAAAGAGCAGAACCUGCCGUACACCCCUGGGAGAUUUUACUGGAAUGAGUGUGUGCUGGGCUCUGAGAGCUUCACGUCGGGGAGGCAUUUCUGGGAGGUGAACGUGGGGGACAGGGAACAGUGGCAUGUUGGGCUGUGCAGGGACAACGUGGAGAGGAAAUGUUGGGUUCAAAUGACACCUGAGAAUGGAUUCUGGGUUAUAGGGCUGUAUUUUGGGAAAGACUUUGGGGCUCUCACAGACUCCGAAACGAAACUAAGUGAUGUCAAACUCCCUACAAGAGUGGGCGUUUUCCUGGACUAUGAGGUGGGGGAGGUGUCAUUCUACAACGCCCUCGAAGGGUCACACAUCUUCACCUUCCCGCACACCCCCUUCUCUGGGCCUCUGAGGCCUGUUUUCAAGAUUUUGUCAUUUGAGGACAGUCCUUUGACCCUUUGCGCAGCACAGAAAGCCGUGGGGACAACCGUUGUGCCUGACCCGGCACCUGAGCCUCCCCCGGAGACCCCAACGGCCCCACCAGCUGAUGGGAAUGGGGACCCUCAGGCUGAAGUAAUGUCUUUGCCUCUCGCUUCUCACCCUGGAGCUGAGGGCCCGCUGAACAGCAAAACGUCACAGCAAGAAAAUGCUUCCUAAAAACAAACUACAUUAAGAACUCCAUUAAUAUUCACUCAAUUUUUGCACAUGAUGAGAAGGAGAUGGGC